AUGGCACUGGAGAACAAAGACACUCUCCUGAGCAGAAUGAAGAAAGCAAAGUCUUUUCUCGAUGAGGCUCCAAAGGAAAAGAAAGAGCUGAAGCCGCAGCAAAUAUCCAUCACCAAGCCAGCUGAAGAAGCACAGCAGGAGAUGAAGCCGCAGACAAGCACUGUUGUAUACCCCACUAUUCUCACAGUGAGGGGAGUGCUCUACAGACAGCACGAGGAAGAGUGGCAGGAGGUAACAGAAGGCAGACUGCAGGCCAGGAAUAUCACAGGAAAAGGCAUACAGCUGCUGUUCAUACUGGACAACACACGGAUCAUAAUGAAUAUGCUGAUCACGCAUAGCUCCCAGCUGCUUUGCAAGAGCAACACGCUGAUAUUCACGGGAGUAGAGCAGAGCGCGCAGCAGUACACGGGAGGAAUACGCUUGAAAACAGAAGAAGAGGCAGAGAGCGCAGAGAAGGCCCUAAAGGACGCGCUGGAAGAGCAGAAGAGCGCUAAAGAAUAG